CUGCUCCUACUGCUGCCUGUCGUCACCGCCGCGCGGCGGCGGCGCCUCGGCGACGCGCUCGACAUGGAACACCUCCGGCGCCUCGCCGACGACGGCCAGGUCGGCACGGAGCUUCGAUUCAAGCUCGCCGCCGGGACCAGCGCCGCGCGGGCGGCGAAGGUCGCGGCCGCGGUGGACUGCUCGUCGGCGAAGCGCGUCUUCCGAAAGGCGGGCAUACACGAAGACAAGCACGUCGCUGCUGGGCUCGAUCGCUGGUACAAGGUCAAGUGCUCCGGGGCGUCAAACGAGACCUGGUCGAAGCUCGACGCCUUCCUCGCCAAGGGCGACGCGAGCCACGACGGCGUCGAGUUCGUCGAGCCCGCGCUCGUGGUCAAAAUGUCGCCGUGGGAGCCAAACGACCCGCAUUUCUCGUUGCAGAGCCACUACUCCUCGAUCGGGCUCGAGAAUGCGUGGGAGCUCACGAAGGGCGACCCAAGCGUGGUCGUCCAGGUCAUCGACUCGGGCCUCGACCUGGCCCACGAGGACCUCCAAAACAAUAUCUGGAAAAAUGCGCAGACGCACCCGGAGACGGGCGAGAGCGAAUGGCCCGACAACUGCAACGACGGCCUCGACAACGACGGAAAUGGUUUCAUCGACGACUGCCACGGGUACAACCAUGCCGACAAUCAUGCUGGAGAUGCGUCGAGCGGCAACUAUCUGGGAGACGGCUCGCACGGGACGCACUGCGCAGGGACGAUUGCCGCGGACAGCAACAACGGCGUCGGAGUCGCGGGCGUCGCGGGCGGCGACGGCUCUGUGGGCUCGGGCGCAUCGCUCAUGACGUCCGUAGUCUUUGGACAGACGAGCGUCAGUGGCUUCGCGGAGGCCCUAGCGUACGGCGCCGACAACGGCGCCCAGAUCUCGAGCAACAGCUGGGGGUACACCGCGCCAGGCGUCUACGACCAAGUCAUCUUGGACGCCAUCGACUACUACAACGACGUCGGCGGCAUGGUCGUGUUUGCGGCGGGCAACGACGGCACCGACGAGGAGUGGUACCCGGCCUACCACGACGGAGCCGUGGCCGUCGCGGCCCUCGACGACGACGGGGCCCGCGCCGCCUUUACCUGCUACGGCGGCUGGAUUGACAUUAGUGCUCCUGGCGUCGACGUGGUCUCGACCAUCACCGUAAGCGAUGGAUCAUACGGCUACAUGAGCGGCACGUCGAUGGCCUGCCCGCACGUUUCGGGCGUCCUGGCGCUCGGUCUCUCGUACCAUCCGACGGCAAGCAGAGACGAGCUGCUCGCCUGUGCCUAUUCGACGGCGACGAACAUCGACGCGCUGAACUCGGGGUACGAGGGGAAGCUCGGGGCGGGCAGGGUCGACGCCUUUGCAUUCCUGGACUGCUUGGGCACGCGGGCGCCGACGCUCACGCCUGUGCCGUCGGCUUUGCCGACGCCCGAGCCAUCGCCCGGGCCGACGACGACGCUUGCGCCGACGGUGCUAUGCGUCUGCGACCAGACGCUCGAGGUUGGCGUAUUUACGGACAACUGGCCGGGCGAGACGACGUGGAAGGUGACCCUGGACGAAGAUGCUCCCAUAAACUGCGUCGAUGGGUCGGCGGGCGGGCCGUACACGGAGACCUCGACACUGCACACGCAUGCAAUCACUGUCUGCACCGGCCAACGGUACCUCUUCGAGAUCUUCGACUCGUACGGCGACGGCAUUUGUUGCGGCGAAAAUGGCGACGGAUACUACUACCUGCAGCUAAACGGCGUCGAGAUUAAGAGGGGUGGGGACUACGGGCCCGGCGACUCGCACGACUUCGUCGUUCCGUCGACGCGAGCGCCGACAGUUGUGCCGACGGCGACACCUGCGCCAACGGCGACGCUUGCGCCGACGCCGCCGACGCCGACGUGUGGCACGCUCGACAUGGGAAACCUCCGGCGCCUGGCCGACGAAGGCCAGGUGGGCACGGAGAUUCGCUUCAAGCUCGCCGCCGGGACCAGCGCCGCUCGGGCGGCGACGGUCGCGGCCGCGGUGGACUGCUCGUCGGCGAAGCGCGUCUUCCGCCCCGCUGGAAGGUAUGAGGCCAAGCACCGCGCCGCCGGCCUCGAUCGCUGGUGGACGGUGAAGUGCUCCGAGGCGAACGAGACCUGGUCGAAGCUCGACGCCUUCCUCGCCAAGGAGAGCCGCGACGGCAUCGAGAUCGUCGAGCCCGCGCUCGUGGUCAAGAUGUCGUCGUGGGAGCCAAACGACCCGCUGUUCUCGUCGCAGAGCCACUACUCCUCAAUCGAGCUCGAGGCCGCGUGGGAGCUCACGAAGGGCGACCCAAGCGUGGUCGUCCAGGUCCUCGACACGGGCCUCGACCUGGACCACGAGGACCUCCAAAACAAUAUCUGGCAGAAUCCGGGCGAAAUCUGCGGCAACGGCGAGGACGACGAUGAUAACGGCUAUGUCGACGACUGCCACGGGUACAACCACGCCGACGGCACGGGAACCGACCUCUUGGGAGACGGCUCGCACGGCUCGCACUGCGCCGGAACAAUCUCCGCGGACAGCAACAACGGCGUCGGAGUCGCGGGCGUCGCGGGCGGCGACGGUACUCCCGGCUCGGGCGCCUCGCUCAUGAUCUCAGUAGGCUUCGGAUCGACCUUUACGGGCGGCUUUGCGGAGGCGUUGGUCUACGGCGCGGACAACGGAGCUCAGAUCUCGUCGAACUCGUGGGGCUACACCUCGCCCGACGUGUGCGAGCAGGCCGUCAUCGACGCCAUCGACUACUACAACGACGAAGGCGGCAUAGUCGUGUUUGCGGCGGGCAACGACGAUUCUGAAGCGUGCUACUACCCGGGCUGCUACGACGGCGUUGUUGGGGUCGCGGCACUCGAUGAUAAUGGCGCGCGGGCAUAUUUCUCGAACUACGGCGGCACGGUUGAUAUAAGUGCCCCGGGGCAUCCUGUACUCUCGACAGUCAUCAUGGGCGAGGGGUCAGUAGAUUCGAACUACGACUCGUACAGCGGCACGUCCAUGGCCUGCCCGCACGUCGCGGGCGUCCUGGCGCUCGGUCUUUCGUUGCAGACGACGGCAAGCAGGAACGAGCUGCUCGACUGUGCCUAUUCAACGGCGACGAACAUCGACGCGCUGAACCCGGGCUACGUGGGAAAAUUAGGGGCGGGCAGGAUCGACGCCUUUGCAUUCCUGGACUGCUUGGGCACACGGGCGCCGACGCUCACGCCUGUACCGUCGGCUUUGCCGACGCCCGCGCCGUCACCUAUACCGACGACGACGCCUGCGCCGACAGUGCCAUGCGUCUGCGACCAGACGCUUGUGGUUGGCGUCUACACGGACGACUGGCCGGGAGAAACGACCUGGUCCUUGACCAUGGACGACGCCGCGCCCGAAAACUGCGUGGACGGGUCGAUGACCGACGGCCCGUACGCCGCGAAUGGGACCCUUUACUCGAAAGAGACCGCCGUCUGCGUGGGCGUGACGUACACCUUCCACAUCUUCGACUCGUACGGCGACGGCAUCUGCUGCGCGUACGGAGAAGGCUACUACUACCUGCAGCUCAACGGCGUCGAGAUGGUCCGCGGCGGCGAGUUCGGCGGGCUCGAGACCUACGUGUUCACGCCGACGGCGACGCAUGGCGGCGUCGACUCGUACUCGUACUCGUACUCGUACCCGGACUCGGACUCGUGUGCCGUCGGCUACGUAGCCGACUGCUCGGGCGACGGCGACUGCUGCCUGGAGAGUUGGAUCGGCGACGAAAUUUGCGACGGCGUGGACCAAGUAGAUGGUUGCGACCUGAGCUGUUUCGACAACGACGGCGGCGACUGCGACGGCGACGACAACUGGGACGACGAGAGCCCCGACUACUCGUACUCCUACUCUUACUCUGAUAACUGGGACGACAAGUGCCUCGGACAGACGGCGUGCUACCCCGACGGCAGCCCAUGCGCAACAGGCGAGUUUUGCAACUUUGACCAUGGUAGCUCCGGAUUCUGUGAGCCGUGCUCGUCCUUUAGCGAACCUACCGCUUGCUUUGAUGAUGGUCUACCGAGCGACGGCGCGGCAGAUUGCCACGCGUGCUGCUUCCAAGGCUCGUACUCGUACUCGUACUCGCCAACAACAUAUGCGCCAACUGCAGUGGAAACAUAUCUUCCAACAAACUACGAACACUCGUACUCGUACUCGUACUCGUACUCGUCGGGACCGACACCGACGUGUGGCGCCGGCCAAGUAGCCGACUGCUCGGGCGACGGCGACUGCUGCCCGGAGAGUUGGAUCGGCGACGACUUGUGCGAUGGCGAGGACCAGGAAUGGGGUUGCGACCUGAGCUGUUUCGACAACGACGGCGGCGACUGCGACGGCGACGACAACUGGGACGACGAGAGCCCCGACUACUCGUACUCCUACUCUUACUCUGAUAACUGGGACGACAAGUGCCUCGGACAGACGGCGUGCUACCCCGACGGCAGCCCAUGCGCAACAGGCGAGUUUUGCAACUUUGACCAUGGUAGCUCCGGAUUCUGUGAGCCGUGCUCGUCCUUUAGCGAACCUACCGCUUGCUUUGAUGAUGGUCUACCGAGCGACGGCGCGGCAGAUUGCCACGCGUGCUGCUUCCAAGGCUCGUACUCGUACUCGUACUCGCCAACCGCCAUGCGCCAACUGCAGUGGAAACAUAUCUUCCAACAAACUACGAACACUCGUACUCGUACUCGUACUCGUACUCGUCGGGACCGACACCGACGUGUGGCGCCGGCCAAGUAGCCGACUGCUCGGGCGACGGCGACUGCUGCCCGGAGAGUUGGAUCGGCGACGACUUGUGCGAUGGUGAGGACCAGGAAUGGGGUUGCGACCUGAGCUGUUUCGACAACGACGGCGGCGACUGCGACGGCGACGACAACUGGGACGACGAGAGCCCCGACUACUCGUACUCGUACUCGUACAGCCACAAGCAUGGCGGCGUCGACUCGUACUCCUACUCCUACUCCUACUCCUACUCGUCGGGACCGACGCCGACGUGUGACGUCGGCUACGUAGCGGACUGCUCGGGCGACGGCGACUGCUGCCUGCAGAGUUGGAUUGGCGACGGCCGGUGCGAUGGCGAGGACCAAAGGUGGCAUUGCGACUUGACUUGCUAUGCUAACGACGGCGGGGACUGCGACGGCGACGACAACUGGGACGACGAGAGCCCCGACUACUCGUACUCGUACUCAUACAGCCACAAGCAUGUCGGCGUAGACUCGUACUCGUACUCGUACUCGUACUCGUACUUGUACUUGUGUGCCGUCGGCUACGUAGCCGACUGCUCGGGCGACGGCGACUGCUGCCUGGAGAGUUGGAUCGGCGACGAAAUUUGCGACGGCGUGGACCAAGUAGAUGGUUGCGACCUGAGCUGUUUCGACAACGACGGCGGCGACUGCGACCCGAAAAAAUCUGAAUCCUACUCGUACUCGUACUCGUACUCCUACUCGUACUCGCAUCAUCCACACUGCUGCGUCGAGCACGCAUUCCACGCCACCGGCGAGGUGGCCUCAACGACGUGCUUUGGGGGCCGCUCGCCGUGGGAGGCCUCCACGAUGAGCGACCUAUGCACGGCAGGACACUCCGACGCCGGCGCGGCGGCGCCCCUCUUCCGCGAUUGCUCCCAGGAGGCGAUCGACGCGGGGAACUGCGGCUCGGCAGACUGGGACACCUGCGCGGAAUGCGCCGACUUUGGCAUUCCCAUAGGCAUGUUUUUCGCUAACGUCGGCUACACGUCGUGUCCGGACUGGGUGGUAGACGCCGCCCGUGAAGAGGCCGCCGAGGGUGGGCAGUGCGCGCCGUGGUUCGAGUACGAGGAAGAGGGCGACGACGACUGCACCCCGGGCUGGCACUCCAUAAAUUGUCUGGACGGGACGGUGAUGUACGGCGAGGGCUGCGCCUCGUGCGGCGACUGCGAUCUGCAAAACUUCACGGCGGCCACGGGCGGCCUAAUCACGUGCAAACGAGACGGUUCGUACUCGUACUCGUAUAGCUACGGUCGCGACCACCCAGCGACCUAUUUCAUCGGCGGCGUCGAGUUUUCGGUUCCAGGGGAGUGCUGGUACGACGACUGCGGCGUCUGCACCCCGGGCUGGGAGGUCCUCGAGUGCCGCGACGAUGGCACGCAUGGCACGCCGAUGCGCGGGGUUGGCUGCGCCGCGUGCGAUGCGACGGCCUGCGCGCUGCACGAUGCGACGUUCGACUUCGGUGGCCGCAUGACCUGCGAGCCCGGCACGUCGCCUAUCGUCUAUUAUCACGACUACGACGACGACGGCAGCGUCGACUACGAGGGGACGGUCGAGCCGUGCUCCUACACGGACUGCGGCGACGGGGGGAUCGGCUCGUACUCCUACUCGCACUCGUACAGCUACAAGCACGGCGUCGACUGGACGGCAGCACCUUCGCCGCGGCCGACAUCCACGCCCAGCGCGCGCCCGUCGCCGCGGCCGACACCAUCGCCGUCGCCGCACCCGACCCCAAGACCUUCGCCGGACCCGACGCCGGAGCCUGGCGAUCCUACGGCAGCACCAGUCUUCGCGCCAACGCAUAAGCCGACUCCGCGGCCUUCGUCUAGGCCAACGCAGUCUCCGACGCGCUGGCCGACGGUUCAUCCGUCGCCAGGGCCGACCUCACGGCCGACGUGGGUGCCCUGGCCGCGGCCAAGCGCAAAGCCCACGUCAUCGCCGACGUCGUGGCCCACGCACCGACCGACUUUGCGGCCAAGCCAAUGGCCGACGCCCCGGCCCUCGCACGCUCCGACGGCGCAGCCGAGCCCAAAACCGACGUCGUCGCCGACCUCGUGGCCAUCGCACCGACCAACCUUGCGGCCAAGCCAAUGGCCGACGCCCCGGCCCUCGCGCGCUCCGACGCCGCGGCCGACAGCCAGGCCCUCGUCGGCGCCCUCGCACGCUCCGAAGCCGGCGCCUACGCCUCUACCGACGCCUCGGCCCUCGCCGGAGCCAUCCCUAAAACCAACCCGAGUUCCCACGCCAAAACCGACGCCCUCGCCGACGGCGACGCCCGGAGACCCCACGGCGGCUCCCGUAUUUUCGCCGACGCCGCGGCCCUCUUCGCAGCCGAGUUCGAAGCCGACAAAAGUGCCGACGCCCGCACCGUCGGCCCGACCCACACCGCUGCCGACGCCCCGCCCGACCCCGAGUCCCUCUCCGGAGCCGUCGAGUAAGCCGACACCCGCCCCGACGACGGCACUCCCGACGACGGCGCUCCCGUCGCCCGCGCCCACGAGCGUGCCCACGAUCUCGUCGCCGCCGUCGGCAGUACCUACAACAGCACCGACGACCAUAAAUUACCGCCUCGCGGACUUCUCGGCGACGGCGCCCGCGGAGCUGGCCGAGGCGGCCUUUACGGGGACGGGUCUCAAAGUAGAGCAUCUGGUCGUCAAUCUGACGGUCCCGGCGACCGAGCCUGUGAAGGUGACGCUGCGCGGCGGCGGUCAGAGCGCGAGUGCCCUCCGCUUCUACGACGAGGACCCGGCCAACCCGGGCUACGCGCUCACGUCGGACGCCGGAAGCGCCUCCGUCGCGAGGUGGAUCCCCGCCGGCGACACCAAUCUUACGGUCGCCGCCGGCGCGCUCCGGGACCGAGUCAACAACGGCCACAGCGUCGUGCAGACCAUCACGGUCUCUCUUGAUUCGGACGAUCCGAUCUACGGCCGCGAGCGGAACUUUGUCGGGUCGUUCGCAGUGACGGUGCUGGACGUCGACGAGUCGCUGAUCGCGGUGAAAAAAUUCCUGGCGACGACGGACCCCGUCACGUCCGGCGCCAUAACGGCGGAAGCAAAGGAGAACGCCGCGACCUUCGUCUUCACGGCGGCGCUGACGAGCCUACCGUUUUCCGCCGUGCGCCUCGAGGUCGAAGGCGACGUCGACGCGUUCGAGAGUAUCUCCGUCGACGGUGCCGAUGCAACGAACCGCACCAUCGAGCCCGCCGACUGGGCCUCACUCGCGACGUACACGUUCCGCGUUGCCGACGACACCGUGCUCUCCGGCGACCGCGACUACUCCGUCUGGUUCGUGGCGCGCUCGGACGAUGCUAAUUAUGACAGUCGACGCUCGGCUACGAUGACGUGCCAAGUCAUCGAGGACGACGUCGCCUUCGCCACCGUGAGCGGCAAGGCGCUGACGGUCGGGGCCGGCAUCGACGGCCCGACGUUCGGCGACGGCUACUGGAUCACGCUCUCUGCGCCGCCGACGGCCAACGUCGUCGUGUCGCUCGACUGCGCCGACACGAACGUGUUCUACACGAAGCGGCUCCUGUUUACGCCGGACAACUGGGAUCGGAAGUACGUGGCCGUCAACGCCUCUCUCGCAGACCCAGACGUCCUGGAGGGUAGGACGGCCACACUCACGCAUUCCGUCGCCUCGGCCGACGCCUUCUUCGACGGCCUCGCCGUCUCCGACGUCGAGAUCGCCGUCGAAUUCUCUGUGGAUAGUGUGCCGCCGCCCAAGCUGGAACUCGUCCGCUUCUUGGACGGCGGCAACGGCCUCGACGUGCUCUUCGACAGCCCGACGAACAUGAUCGACGGCGAGUGGGAUAUUGAUUGCGCCACGCUCUUCGAGUACGCGGCGCAGCAAUUCGGCGCAGACGGUACGUGCUCCUGGACGAACUCGAGCGCGCUGCGCGUAACGUUCGGCGCGGGCGCCCAGAUCGUCCCGUUCGACUACGUGGCCGCGACGACCCUCAACAGCGCGUGGCUCAAGGGCGGCGUGCUGAAGAACGACCUCGACGGCGCGACGCUCACGAGCGCCGCCCAGUACGCUGAGGCCCAGAAGCCGCUGCAUCCCGUGGCGCCGGCGAUCUCGAUCACGGCACCGGAGAGCGUCGGCGUCUGCGACGGCGUCGUCCUCGACGCGCGCGGCGCCACGGGCGGCGGCUCGAGAGCUCUGACGUACAACUGGGGCAUGCUGACGAGCUGGGACGCCGAGACGGACGCCGAUAUGGCCAGCGUGGCGGCGCUCGAGGCCAAGCUUCAACAGGCCGACGCUGCCGGCGCCGUGACCUUGGGCCUCGGCUUUGACGACCUCCUCGCGGGCCGGGCCUACGACUUCCUCAUCGCCGCGACAAAUUUUCUCGGCGUGACGACCACGGCCUACGCGACCGUCGACAAGCUGGCCUCGCCGGCGCCCGGCGUCCAAUUUCAGGGCGCCGCGACGCAGACGAUGGUCCGGUCCGACAAAAAGUCGCUCAAACUCGACGUCGCGCUGCCCAAGCUCGCCUGCGUCGACACGAACGUGUCAUCCACGGCGCUGGGCUUCGCCUGGCGCGCGUGGCGGCUGGCGGGGGCGACGUACAUCCGAGACAUCCCGGACUUGGCGGAGUACACCGCCAACCCCAUGUCGUGUCGCCUGCCGGCGGACGCCCUGGCCGCGCAGACGACCUACAAGUUCCAGGUGACCGUCGGCUUCGCGGACACCAUGACCAUCAACAGCUCCGCUACUACCACGAUUGUUGUCGGGUCGCAGGCCCUCGUCGCGUCCAUCUUAGGCGGCGUCGAGCAGGCCGUGGCGAUCGGCGCCACGACCGAGCUGGACGGGUCCGAGUCGUACGACCCCGACGAGCAGGGCGCGCUCGCGUACGCGUGGACCGCGGCGCGCGUGCUGGACGACGGGAGUAGGGAAGACGCGAACUCGCUACUGAGUUCCACAGACACGACGCAGUCCGUCCUCGCGUUCACGCCGACGACGGCCGCGGGCUGGGCGAGCGGCGCGACCUACGAAUUCACGCUAACGGUCUCCCAUGGCGCGCGGAGCGCGGCCUACAGCGUGCUGGUGUCGGUCUCGUCGGACCAGUACAUGCCGCGCGCGACGGUCACGGAAUUCGACGAGAGCAUCAAGUACAAUCCCACGGCGGACACGUUCGCUGCGAUCUACUUCGAGGCGACGUCACCCGAUCCUGAUAGAACGAUCGAGCAAACCGCCUGGUCCGUCGGCGACGGGCAGUCCGCGGGCCUCCUCGGCAAGCCCAGCGGGGCGCCGUCUCCCAUGCUCGUCGACCUCGGCAAGACGCGGCCCAACGCCGUGUACCGGCUGAAACUUAUGGUCACGGACAGCAUCGGGUCGACGUCCUCGACCGUCGUUUCCCUGACGACGAACGGCCCGCCCACCUCGGGCACGUUCGCCGUCGCGCCGUACCGGGGCACCGCCCUGGAGACGGAGUUCGAAUUCCUGCUGGACGGCUGGUCCGACGACGUCGACGACUACCCCCUCACGUACACGUACGGGUAUCGGCUGGUCCAGGACGCGGCGCUGACGCCGCUGGUUGCGGACCAGUACGCGAGCGCGUGGUUCCUUACGACACUGCCGCAAGCGCCGAAUGUCAACAUCACGUGCGUCGGCCGCGUCUUCGACCGCUACCUGUCGUACGCGCAAGCCUUCACGCCCGUGCGGGUGGACCCGCUCGAGAUCUCGACCGAGGACCUCUCGGCGUUCGCCGGCGAUCUGUUGUCGGCGUCGGCGGACACGGGCGACGGCGAGGCGUCGCUGUCUCUGGUCUCGAACGUGGCGAGCGUCAUAGGCGGGACCGACGCGAGUCGGCGGAGACUUUCCGCCGAACAGGAGUUGAUCGACGACCUGAUGGCCCACACGAUUAGCGCGGCGAGCCUGGUGGGCACGAGCUCGUCCGCCGCGGCGGCAGCUCAGGUCCUGUCCACCGUCUCGACGCUGACCGGGGACCCCGACUCUAUCUCUGAGAGCUCGCAGACGGGCGCGAUCGGGCUGCUCAGCGACGUCGUCGGCGGCGCGGCAGGCACUGGCUUCGACGCUGACACGGCGGCGGCGACGGCGGCCACCCUCUCGAGCCUCCUGAGCGCGAGCCUGUUCGCGUCCGUCGCGGCGGACGCGCGGCGGUCGUUGGGGGCCGCUAAUGCCGACCUGGGCGGGCAGAUGGCCGGCACGGUGGGAGCGCUGGCCACCGGCAUGAUCGCGGGCGCCUACGGCGGCCAGAACAGGAGCGUCGUCACGGAUAACCUGGAGCUACGCGCCUUCCGGACCGACUGCGGGACGCGGGACGCGGCGUUUCGACUGUCCUCGGGGGCCGGCGUGACGGACCUGCCCGCCUCGGCCCUCGACGCCGCCGGGGGCGACAGUUGCGAGGGGGGAGCGCCGGCCGAUGUGGACGUGAAGGUGGCCCGGCUGAAGAACGUCUACGCUUCUGAGGGCGACGGUGCCAUUUCGGACCUGCUGCAGAUCGAGCUCGGCGGCGAAGGCGCCACGGUCAAGGUUGACAAUCUCGCCGAACCCAUCGUGUUCGACAUCCCGUUCGACUACGACCCGACACUCGAAGCCGGCUACGACCCGGGCAUCCGCACGGGCACGUGUUAUAAUCGGUCCCAGGUCCUGAGCUUCGACUGCGACGUGCCCACGACCUUUGAUUGCGGGGAGUCUCGCGAAGUGACGCUCCCCGACGGGUCGACGACGACCGUGACGGGAGAUGUCCUUCCGCUCGAAAUCACGGUGAGCUGCCCCGCCAAGACGGCCGCGUGCUCGUUCUGGGACAACGCGACGAGUAGCUGGUCUUCUGAUGGCUGUGCCGUCGUCGCGUCUACGGCGUCCGGCGUGACGUGCGCGUGCACGCAUCUGACCGAGUUCGCCGCCUCGACGACUGCGGCAGACGCAAACUAUUUCGUGGACUUUCAGCCCUCGCCGGGGCCGACGCCCGCGCCUACGACGGUUCAGCCGUCGCUGGCGCCGACGUCGCAGCCGUCGCCGGGGCCGACCACGCGGCCGACGUGGGUGCCCUGGCCGGCGCCCACGACGGCACGGCCCACGCCGAGGCCGUCGCCGGCGCCGACGCCCUUGCCCGGUCACCCCACGGCGGCGCCGGUCUUUGCUCCGACGCCGCCGCCAUCGGCCCCGCCGACCGCGGCGCCCGGGGGUUCGACGCCCGGGCCCACGCCGCGCCCGGUCUGCGAUAUCUGUGGCGGCCGCGGCGUCAAGGUCGCGGUCGCCGGGUACACGUGCGAGACGACCGCCGGCGAGAAAGUCGGCGACUCGAACACUCAUCCGGCGAUGGCGUUCGCGGUCUUCAACACGGCGGUCGACUGCCUCACUGCCGGCCACUCCUGGAACGCGUACACGUGCGAAGAAACGGCCCACUUCUGGGCGGAGGACGUGGACCAAUGGAACCUAGGGUGGACGUGCCAGUUUCAUCGAGACUUCUGGGACUCGGGCGGGGAAGCCGGGGGCUGCUGCGUCGCCGCCCACGACGACGACGACGACGACAACCGCUUCCACCGCGGCCUCGUCGAGUCCGCAGGAGUAUGGAGCCUCGCGACGGUGGGCGUCACGAUGACGGGUAUCGCCAUCGCGUCAUUUGCUAAUUUGAUGCAGGAACAGUGCGCCCUGGGCCCGACGAUCAUCUUCGAGGCUGGCACGACGCACCCGUACUACAUCACCCCGAACCUGUGCACGAUCGGCGCCCACACGUACUCGUCCAAGAAGACCGUGCGCGACGCGUCGCCCCGCAAGGUGUGCCGCAAGUACUGCGAGGAGGCGUCCGGAAAGCUCGCUCUCAAGCAUGUGCAGGGCCUCACUUGCUACUGCAAAAAGAAGUAGCUGAAUGUAAUGUGUUUUUGCUCGUGA